AUGUCUGCCAAAGCCGAAAAGAAGCCAGCCUCCAAAGCCCCAGCUGAGAAGAAACCAGCGGCCAAGAAGACCGCGUCUUCCAUGGACGCCAGCAAGAAGAGAGUCAAGGUCAGAAAGGAGACCUACUCGUCAUACAUCUACAAGGUGUUGAAACAGACACAUCCAGACACCGGUAUCUCGCAGAAGUCGAUGUCGAUCUUGAACUCGUUCGUCAACGACAUUUUCGAGAGAAUCGCGUCCGAGGCCUCCAAGUUGGCUGCGUACAACAAGAAGUCGACGAUCUCUGCUAGAGAAAUCCAAACCGCCGUCAGAUUGAUUUUGCCCGGUGAAUUGGCUAAGCACGCUGUCUCUGAAGGAACCAGAGCCGUGACCAAGUACUCUUCGUCGACCCAGGCCUAG